AUGGAAACACAAUCAAAAGAAGCCCGAAUCAUCUUAGCUAUUGAAGCUAUUCGAAAGUCUAAAAAUUUGACAAUUACGAAAGCUGCGAAAGUCUAUUCAGUACCUCGAUCUACACUACGCGAUAGAAUCAACGAUCGAAAUAACCAAAUGGAAACUCGAGCAAAUGGGCAUAAAAUAACUGAAUUAGAAAAGAAAGUGCUUCUUCAAUAUAUAAUUGAUGUAGAUGAUAGAGGGUUUGCACCUAAAUUGAAUGAUGUGGAAGAUAUGGCGAAUUAUAUUCUUCAGUCGCGAGGGGCAAAGAAGAUUGGAAAGCUCUAA